AUGGGCAAGGAGAAGAGUCUGUGCCCGUGCGGCUUCAGGAAAAACAAAACGAAGCCAAAAGAGGGACUGGAAGAUCUGAAACAAGAGGUGAACUUCGACGAUCACAAGCUGUCUCUUCAGGAACUCAGCCGUAAGUAUGGGGUGGAUCUCUCCAAAGGUCUCACAAAGGAACAGGCUGCCCAGCUCUUGGAAGAGAACGGCCCAAACACCCUGAGUCCUCCCCGAACCACGCCAGAGUGGGUAAAAUUCUGCAAGCAACUCUUUGGGGGAUUUUCCAUCCUGCUGUGGACCGGAUCCUUACUUUGCUUUCUGGCUUACUGGGUCCAGAUCGCAAUGGGUAGAAAAAUCGAGAAGGACAACUUUUACCUGGGCAUUGUCUUAGCAGCAGUCGUUAUCGUGACUGGAUGUUUCUCCUACUUUCAGGAAGCAAAAAGUUCCAAAAUUAUGGAAUCCUUCAAGCAUAUGGUCCCUCACCAAGCCCUCGUGAUCCGGGAGGGCGAGAGGCUGCAGAUCAACGCUGAGAACGUGGUCCUGGGGGAUCUGGUGGAGGUGAAAGGAGGCGAUCGGAUUCCUGCGGACUUAAGGGUCAUCUCUGCCACUGGCUGCAAAGUGGACAAUUCCUCCCUGACUGGGGAGUCAGAGCCACAAACCCGGUCACCCGAUUUUACCAACGAGAACCCACUGGAGACACAAAACAUCUGCUUCUUUUCUACCAACUGUGUUGAGGGUACAGCUCAGGGUAUUGUUAUCUUGACAGGGGACUAUACCGUGAUGGGCCGAAUUGCUUCCUUGGCUUCCGGCUUGGGUGACAGCCAGACCCCCAUUGCCAAAGAGAUCGAACAUUUUAUCCACAUCAUCACUGGAGUUGCUGUCUUCCUGGGGGUGUCGUUCUUCAUCCUGGCCAUAAUCCUUGGCUACAACUGGCUGGAAGCUGUUGUCUUCCUGAUUGGGAUCAUUGUGGCAAAUGUGCCAGAAGGGCUCCUAGCCACAGUCACAGUCUGCUUGACGCUCACCGCCAAACGGAUGGCUCGCAAGAACUGCCUGGUAAAAAACCUCGAGGCUGUGGAGACCCUGGGGUCCACCUCCACCAUCUGCUCAGACAAGACAGGAACCCUCACUCAAAACCGCAUGACCGUCGCCCACAUGUGGUUCGACAACGAGGUCUACGAAGCCAACACCUCCGAGACCUACGCUGGGGCCAUAUUUAACACCCACUCGCCCACAUGGACAGCGCUGGCCCACAUCGCAGGCUUGUGCAACAGGGCCAACUUCAAAGCAGAUCAGGAGCACCUCCCCAUUGCCAAGAAGGGGACCACCGGCGACGCCUCCGAGUCGGCCCUCCUAAAGUGCAUCGAGUUGUCCUGUGGGUCAGUCAGGCAGAUGCGUGAGAAGAACCCCAAGGUGGCCGAGAUCCCCUUCAACUCCACCAACAAGUACCAGCUAUCCAUCCAUGAAGCCGAAGAAAAGUCCAAAGGUCACCUCCUGGUGAUGAAGGGGGCUCCGGAGAGGAUCAUAGAGUGCUGCUCCACCAUCCUGUUGAAAGGGAAGGAGGUGGGCCUGGACAAGAAGGUGCAGGAUGCUUUUUUAAACACCUACAAUAGCCUCGGGGGGCUGGGCGAAAGAGUCCUGGGCUUCUGCCACUACUACCUCCCGGAUCGACAGUUCCCCCGUGGCUUUAAGUUUGAUGUGGAGAAGCCUAAUUUCCCUACCACCAAGCUCUGCUUCGUGGGGCUGAUCUCCAUGAUCGACCCACCACGCGCCGCCGUGCCCGACGCUGUCGGAAAGUGCCGCAGUGCUGGGAUCAAAGUGAUCAUGGUCACCGGAGACCACCCGAUCACGGCCAAAGCCAUUGCCAAGGGGGUAGGGAUCAUCUCUGAGAGCAGCGAGACCGUAGAAGACAUUGCGGCCCGGCGGGGGAUCCCGGUCAGCCAGGUCGAUCCCAAUGAAGCCCAGGCCUGCAUCAUCCAUGGCUCCAACCUCAAGGACAUGACCACCAAGCAACUGGACAACAUCCUCUUGAACCACCCUGAGAUAGUCUUUGCCCGCACCUCCCCACAGCAGAAGCUGAUCAUCGUGGAAGGGUGUCAGAGGGAGGGGGCCAUUGUGGCCGUGACCGGAGAUGGGGUGAACGACUCCCCAGCCCUCAAGAAGGCCAACAUUGGCAUUGCCAUGGGCAUCACAGGCUCUGAUGUCUCCAAGCAGGCUGCCGACAUGAUCCUGCUGGAUGACAAUUUCGCCUCCAUUGUGACCGGCGUGGAGGAAGGGCGCCUGAUCUUUGACAACCUGAAGAAGUCUAUUGCUUACACUUUGACCAGCAACAUCCCAGAGGUCUCCCCUUUCCUUCUGUUCAUCAUCCUUGACAUCCCACUGCCCCUGGGCACCAUCACCAUCUUGUGCAUUGACCUAGGCACCGACAUGGUGCCUGCCAUUUCCCUGGCCUACGAGAAUGCAGAGAGCGACAUCAUGAAAAGGAAGCCACGGAACGCCAAGAAGGACAAGCUGGUGAACCAGCGCCUCAUCAGCAUGGCGUACGGACAGAUCGGCAUGAUGCAGGCCCUCGCCGGCUUCUUCGCCUACGUGGUGAUCAUGGCUGAAAACGGGUUCCUGCCUUUCACUCUGCUAGGAAUCCGCCUGGAGUGGGACGACCAUUCCAUGAAUGACCUGGAGGACAGCUAUGGCCAGCAGUGGACUUACCAGCAGCGCAAAGUGGUGGAGUUCACUUGCCACACCGCCUUCUUCAUCAGCAUCGUGGUGGUGCAGUGGGCCGACCUCAUCAUCUGCAAGACCAGGAAGCUGUCCUUUUUCCAGCAGGGCAUGAGGAACAGAGUGAUGAUCUUCGGCCUGAUCGAAGAAACCGCCCUGGCUAUGUUCCUCUCCUACUGUCCAGGAAUGGAUGUGGCUUUACGUAUGUACCCGGUCCGGGUUACAUGGUGGCUGUGCGCUUUGCCAUUCUCCGUGCUCAUCUUCACGUAUGAUGAAACCCGCCGGUUUCUCCUGCGCCGAAACCCGGGCGGCUGGGUCGAGCACGAAACUUACUACUGA